AUGUCGUACGAGGUCAAGUCGGACUCUGUCGUGCUUCGACACGGUGACAACACCGUCGAGGUCGCUCUCAAGGUGUGUGAGCCAGUAUCUUGCGGAGAUUACUACUUAUACUGACAUGGAGAAUACAAUCCCACCAUGCUGUGUCUGGCUCUCCGCCGGUCACGCUGCGACUCGGACUCCCCUUCCACCUCCUCGCUGCUGGACGAACAUCCCUCUCACUAGGGCGCGACCGUGAUCUCGUUCAAGACUUCGGGUACCGAGCGACUGUUUGUCUCGACCAAAUCCAACGUUGGCCUGUCCGACAAGGCUGCCAUCCGAGGUGGUGUGCCCGUGUGCUGGGUCAGUCCAGUGAGAGCACCGUCAUGUGGGGGUCAUCGUACCGGGACACCCCCAAACGGCUGAUCAAGCAUUCGCCGGUGCAUUCCCACCACGCAGCCCGUAUUUGGACCUCCCCCUUCGGAAGCACCUUACGACAAGUUGAAGCAACACGGCUUUGCUCGCACCUCUCAAUGGACCUUUGACUCGUCCACCUCCGGUCCCGACCCGUCCGGCAGUGGCGCCGCCCAAGCCGUCUUCACCUUGGCCUCUUCGUCCAUCACCCGUGCCGUCUUUGACAAGGAUUUCCGUCUUGUCUACACCGUACGCAUCACCAAGUCGUCCGAGCUCGACUUGCGUCUUCAGGUCCAGGCACCUUCGGAGGGGGACGACUUACGCUUCCAAGCGCUGCUGCACACCUACUUGCUUUUGCCCGAAUCGGUCCAACCUGAUCAGGUUCAAGUCCAACCUUUGCAAGGGCUCAAGUUCAUUGACAAAGUAGCAGGAGGUAGAGAAGGAAAAGAGGACCGAUCGGUCGUCGUCGUGCAAGGACCCAACCAAGAAGUCGAUAGAGUCUACCACCGCGCACCAAACGAAUUGCGCAUCACGUACCAAGGCUCAAAAGGAUCCGUCACCGUUUCGAAGAACGGUCUGGCGGAUGUUGUUCUGUGGAACCCCGGCGCUGAGAAGGCGGCGACGAUUGGGGAUAUGCAAGAAGGUGGAGCGUCAAAGUAUGUUUGUCUCGAGCCGGGGCAGGUCUCGAGUUGGGUCGAGUUGAGCAAGGGGGAGAAAUGGGAGGGCUCGGUCGUGAUGAAGUGGGAUGGCAAUUGA